AUGGUACCCCCACCUCCUACCAACAAGCCCCACGUGUGCCUGUCCACCAUCCUGAUUAUGAGCAGUAUGGCACUGAUCGAUGCCUACCUGGUGGAGCAGAACCAUGGUCCACGCAAAAUUGGCAUCUGCAUCAUGGUGAUGGUGGGAGACAUCUGCUUCCUUAUCAUACUGCGCUAUGUGGCGGUGUGGGUGGGCGCUGAAGUACGCACAGCCAAGCGAGGCUAUGCCAUGAUCCUCUGGUUCCUCUACAUCUUUGUGCUGGAGAUCAAGGUGUACUUUGUGUACCAGAAUUACAAGGCAGACAGGAAGAGCCUGGACACCCUGGCCAGGAAGGCGCUGACGCUGCUGCUAUCCAUCUGCAUCCCCGUGCUCUUUGUAGUGCUGGUGGCCAUCGACCACAUGGAAUACGUUCGCGCCUUCAAGAAGAGAGAGGAGAUCCGCAAUCGUCUCUUCUGGGUGGUGGUGGACCUGCUGGACAUACUGGACAUCCAAGCCAACCUGUGGGAGCCUCAGAAGAAGGGGCUGCCUCUGUGGGCGGAGGGCCUGAUGUUCUUCUACUGCUACAUCCUGCUGCUUGUGCUGCCCUGCGUGUCCUUGAGCGAGAUCAGCAUGCAGGGCAUCAACAUUGUGCCCCACAAGAUGCUACUGUACCCAAUCCUUAGCCUGGUCACCAUCAACAUCAUCACGCUCUUCAUCCGUGGGGGGAACAUGAUCCUCUACAGGGACGCCAGGGUAUCGGGGAUCCUCAUAGGCAAGAACAUCCUGGCCAUCAUACUAAAGACCUGCAGCUUUGUGCAGUACAGGAGACAGUUGCAGAACGCUCCCCCUGCCUUUGGGGUCGAGCUACAGAAGAACUCAGUGGCCCACGCUCGCCCCGCCCCCACCCCUCCCCAAGUGGUCAUGCAGGACCAGACACCCCUUCCUGAGGUGACAACCUGCGAACACACAUGA